AUGAACAAGUCAGAACGAUCCACAUGGAAGUCAUUGCAGUAUGGAUGCGUUAGUGGAGUAAUUAGUACAAUAAUUUGUCAACCGUUGGAUGUCAUGAAAACACGUUUACAAACCAAAGUUGUUUUUGGAUUGCCUCCAUUGGGAAUUGUACAAGCUAUGGGACAAGUUUACUCAACCAAUUCUACAAUCACUGGUGGUUCCACAUCUUUACCACGUGUUGUACAAGUUUGUGGGAGAUUGGGAAAUUUUUGGACUGGAACAUAUCCUUCUUUGUGGCGUUGUGUUCCGGGAGUUGGUGCUUAUUUUAUGUGCCUUAAUGCUUUGCAAGAUGUAACAGAUAGAUGGAAUAUCCUAACGCCUACUACUGCAUACACACCGAAAACUGCUGUCAAAUCGUUCAUGUUAGCGUUUACAGCUCGUGUAUCGUAG